UAAAAGUGGAAAAAAAUGGAAACGCCGGGCCAAAAAAAACGCGGUGCCACUUCCCCUACUUGCAUCACCAGACAGCAGGAGAAGGAGAACCUUGGCAACCUCAACGACCGGCUGGCCAUCGAUAUUGAUAAGGUGCGCUCCCGGGAGGCAGAGAACCCCGGGCUACGACUGCGCAUCACAGAGUCCGAGUCUCUGGUCAGCCGCGACCUGAGCGGGAUCAAGUCCGCCUACGAGACUGAGCUGGCCAAUGCCCGCAGUGAGCGGGCCCGCCUGCAGCUGGAUCUCAGCAAGCUGAGGGAGGAGCACAAGGAGCUGAAGGCCAGUUUGCUGAUGACACAACCGUGGUGGGCCUCAUCAGGAACGACGACGAAUCCAACUACCGGAGCGAGGUGUGCCGCCUGGUCCAGUGGUGCGAUGACAACAACCUUCGCCUGAACGUGGAGAAGACCAAGGAGAUGGUGGUGGACUUCA